GUGUGUUAUGCAACAGCAACAUUAGAAUCAAAGUCCAAAUCUGGGAGGUGGGGGUAGACGAUCACAGUUGAAGAGGAACAAAAGAAAGCUCGUUCAAAAUGGAGACGAAAGGAUACCAAAAUUCAAAUAUUGAAAAGCGAUCAACAUUUAACAUACACGAAAUGCAUACGUUUUUGGAAGACAUGUUUUGCAAGGAUCUGCUCGAUCAGAUAUGGAGAACUCUCCAAAAAGAUCCUUUGUUCCAAUGUUCGGAGAAAGAAUUAACCGGCCAAAUGUCUAUGGAAGAAAUUCAACACCUUGAACACCUUAGAUUAAAAAGAUUAUUGGAGUACAACUUUGUAGACGCCGAGUUGUUCAUAGAGCACCCUUUACUUGCAACAUAUGCCCCAAUGUGCUUUGGAAUGGCCAAAUAUGGCUGGGGUUUGAGCGCAAGACUUGGUUUAAAUGGCUCAAUGUUUGCAGGAACAAUAAAAGCAACAUGCACAAAUCCUGACAUGCUUGAGCUAUCAAAGAAGGCAUCAAGACUUGAGGUAUAUGGCUGUUUUGCAUUAACAGAAAUUGGUCAUGGAAGUAACACAAAAGCCAUGAAAACCACUGCUACAUAUGACCCCAAAACAGAGGAAUUCGUCAUCAAUACACCACAUUUUGAUGCUGCAAAAUGCUGGUCUGGGCUGUUAGGUGAUGGAGCAACACACGCCCUUGUCUACGCCCAGCUCUAUACACCAGAUAAUGUCUGCCAUGGACUGCAUACUUUUGUUGUGCCAGUGCGAGAUCCAGAGACUUUACAUUCACUACCUGGAGUUACUGUGGGUGAUAUGGGAAAGAAGCUUGGCUUAAAUUAUUUUGCCAAUGGCUUUGCUUUAUUUGACCAUGUUCGCAUUCCAAGAACACAUUUAAUGAACAGAACUGCUGAUGUUACUCCAGAAGGUCAAUAUGUUUCUAAAUAUAAAGACCCACAGAAAAGGCACAGUGCUGCUUUGGGUGUUCUUUCUGCGGGUAGAGUUGGUAUCACUGGAAUGGGAAUCGUGAAUCUCAAAGUUGCUAUCACAAUAGCUAUAAGAUAUUCAGCUGCUCGUAAGCAAUUUGGACCAACUCCUGAUGCUGAGAUACCUGUCCUUGAUUACCAAAUGCAGCAAUGGCGUUUGUUGCCAUACUUAGCUGCUGUUUUUGUGACGGAUCACUACUUCAAAACUUCGUAUGUAGAUUCACAUGAGUUUCAAUUGAAGCUGAUGUUUGGUGAAAAGGGUGAGCAUAUGGACAAUACUGGUAAAGAGAUCCAUGCAUUGUCGUGUGCAAGCAAGCCUCUAACAUCAUGGCUAGCAAGGGAUGGCAUCCAAGAAUGCAGAGAAGCCUGUGGUGGUCAUGGCUAUUUAUCAGUCAACAGGUUUGGAAGUCUGCGAGAUGACAACGAUCCAAACUGCACUUAUGAAGGAGAUAACAACAUGCUUCUUGGCCAGACAAGUAACCAUCUGUUAUCAUUGCUCUAUCAACUGAAACGUGGAAAGCAAAUUGCAUCACCACUUGGCUCUACCCUUUUCCUCAAUCGGUAUGCUGAAAUCCUUUCUGCGACAAACCAUCCCGAUGUCACUACACCAGAAGGUGUUUUGGCUGCUUAUGACUGGCUUGUUUGUUACUUACUUGCGGAAAGUCAUCGGAAGUACAACGAACAGUUGGCCAUGCAAAAGGACAAGUUUACAGCAAAGAAUGACAGUCAGGUUUAUUACUGUCGAACUCUGGCAAUGGCUUUCAUUGAACACGUGGCAAUUGAAAGGUUUUACAAAAAGGUUUACCAGACCGAGGUUCCACAAAGCGUUAGUAAAGUGAUCAGAAACAUAUACAUGCUUUAUGGACUUUGGAGUUUAGAAAAACAUCUAGCAACACUGUUUCAAGGUGGUUUCUUUAAGAAUGGAAAUGAAACAAUGAAACUGCGAGAGGAAAUUCUCCAAUUGUGUAGCAAGCUGCGGCCUGAUGCAGUCACACUUGUUGAUACAUUUGCACCUCCAGACUGGGUUCUGCAAGCUCCCAUUGGUUUAAGUAAUGGCAAGCCCCUAGAAAAUCUUUACAAAAACUUCAUGGAAGAUCCAGACAAGAGGAAACGCAUUUCUUGGUGGAAAGAUGUUUUGAAUCAGCCGUCAGAUCAAGUACCUUCCAGUAAACUAUGAUUUCGAAUAUUACUUGACAGUAAGUUUAAGUUAGAAACAGAGAUAAUUAUGUGUUCAACUGUUCUUUGAUUCUCUAUAUAUGCUUUUUUUACUAAGCUUUUAGAAGGAUAGAAGUCAGCCUAAGUCUGCGAUAGUGCAUUCUUUAUAGAGACAUAUAAUCUUUUGUUUAAAUGGAACAUUUAAUCUUGUGGAAAAUGAAUGAAUAAUAUUGUUUGUGAUUUUAGAGUUUUUGGAGAAAACAGAUAAUCAAGUUAGGCAUAUGACUUGGGGGCACUUGAUUAGGAAAUUGACAGGGAUGUCAAGAAGCCUUUUUGGACCAACCCUGUCACAUAAAUAAAUUUCCAAAAGGAAACACUGUCCUAUAACAAGUAUGCCAAGAAUAUGGCACAAUAAUGCCAAAAAAUAACCAGUCUUGUGAUAUUUGUCAUUGGUAACAAAUAAAAUUGGAACAUGCUCAUCCUAAGAAAACUCUAAAAUCAGAGUAAGCUUUUCUCAAGUAUUUCUUCUUUAGAUUUUCUUAAUUUUGAUGCCAUGUCCAAGAAUUUUAGUACCAUCAUACCCUGUCCAAUAAUUUUUAAGGAAAAACUAUACUCUAUCCUACAUCACAUGCUAUAAGGUCAAGUAUGGGAGUUCCCCCUUUGGUGGCAUUUCUCUUGACAAGUAAAACAACUAUUUUCAUCUGUAAGAUGUAGCUAUCUUUGAGACAUGAUUUGUAGUACCAGAAGGAUGGCCCAUUAUUUUCAUUGCUUCCAGUUCAUGAAAUUUUGCUUUUGCUGGUAUUCAUUGGCUAGUCUUGGAAAAAAAAUUAGUGAAUUUAGGUUGCUUAUUAUACUUUUAGCCAUAAGAAUGUAAUGUAAACCAAAAUAAAAUUAUUUGCUUGAUUGCAGUUUGCUGGUUUUAAUCUCAUGUAUAAUGGUAUCUAGACAUUUAGAAAGUUGAAUGUGUGGCUCAUUGUUGGGGUGAAGAAAAACGGUCAUGUAUUAAGAUAUAUGUAAUAAAUUGUGUGAAAAAUUACAGUAGAUUUUUAUAAUGAGAAUUGUAUCAUUAAAAAAGGCAGGUCCACAUCCAUUAAUAUUUUUAAAUAACAGUCCAUUAGUUUUACAUUUUGUUUUCUUAAACCUGAAUAACAUGCAUCUUAAACCUUGAACUGUAUUCUGUUGCAAAUUUAUUUAACCUAUCUUACUGUUUCUUAGCAUAAUCCAUCCUUUGUUGCUGAAAAUUAAAUUUUUCCAGAUAA